AUUUAACUAAAUCUACACAUAAUGUCACAAUAACAGAUUGUAAUCAAGACUCUUACCGCAGCUGAUAUAGAAAUGGCAUGUUCAAUUUUCGUCAUUGUAACACAGAUUAUGCCAACACGAUAAAAUACACAAUUUAUGAAUGGAAGACAGAAAGAAAUAUCAUGACAGCCAUAUUAAGGAUGAACUCCAUUUCCCAGUAACCAUUGCGGGAAGGUCGGCGGAAGUACUAGUCAGAAGCGCUCGAAUUUACAGACGUGGGCCUGUUAUAGUUGCUGUCUACAACAUGGAUGAAGUGAAUGAUUUGGUCAUUAAGCUGUAUGAAGUACAAGCAGUAAAAUUUGGGUCAUUCAAGUUGAAGAGUGGCAUUAAUUCACCGAUUUAUUUCGAUCUGCGAGUUAUAGUUUCGCAUCCGUCUCUCAUGAAACAGGUGUCCAAUAUCCUGUUCCAGCGUGCUAAACACGAGGUGCUGAAUUUUGACAAUGUGUGCGGCGUCCCGUACACGGCUCUUCCUCUUGCAACCAUCAUCUGCUCCGAACAUGACCUGCCGAUGCUCAUUAGAAGAAAAGAAACGAAGGAUUAUGGGACUAAGAAACUGGUUGAAGGAACUUUUCGUCCUGGGGAUUGCUGUCUUAUCAUUGAGGAUGUGGUGACAAGUGGAGGCAGUGUCCUAGAAACUGCUGAAGUGUUGCAGAAGGAAGGCUUGAGGGUGACUGAUGCCAUCGUGCUAAUGGACAGGGAACAAGGCGGUAAAAAAUGGCUGGCCGAGAAAGGGAUCACACUCCACCCUGUCUUAACCCUCUCCGAUCUCCUGUCGGUCCUUCACAAAGCAGGGAGGAUCGAUUCCGACACUGUGGAGAACGUUAAUCAGUUCAUCAAGGAGAACAGCUUCGAGGCCCCAGCCAAUGGGCCAUUACUUAACAGGAUGUCCCACAAGGAACUGACUUACAGGGACCGCGCUGAGCAUUCAGGCACCCACCCAUUAGCAGUCCGUCUCCUGAGACUGAUGGAAGAUAAGAAGAGUAACUUGUGCCUUUCGGCCGACGUGACGCGUGCAGAGGAACUCCUGCGGCUGGCUGAGGAGCUGGGCCCCCUCAUCUGUGUGCUGAAGACCCAUGUGGACGUCCUGGAGGACUUCUCCGAACAAGUCGCCCAGAGACUCAAGGACCUGUCUGAUAAGCAUGGCUUCCUCAUCUUAGAGGACCGGAAGUUUGCCGACAUUGGGAACACGGUAAAAUGCCAGUACGAAGGCGGACUGUACCGCAUCUCGUCCUGGUCCCACAUCGUCACCGCUCACGCCCUGCCCGGCCCGGGAGUGAUACAAGGGCUUCGUGCAGUCGGGCAGCCCCUGGGCCGGGGGUGCCUGCUUAUCGCCCAGAUGAGUUCCCAGGGCUCGCUAGCGACAGAGAGCUACACAGAGGCAGUGUUUUUACAAAUCUCACUGUUUUGCCAGAUAAAAAUGGCGGAAGAGAAUUCUGACUUUGUGUUUGGAUUCAUCUGUGGUGGCAAGAUCAACAGUAAAGCUGGCUUUGUGCACAUGACACCUGGUGUACAGCUGCACCCUGGAGGUGAUGGCUUGGGCCAGCAGUAUUGUACUCCCAGCGAGGUCAUUGGUAUAAAAAAGUCUGAUGUCAUCAUUGUGGGACGUGGCAUCCUGGAUGCACCAGACAAGGUGGUGGCUGCAGAGGAAUACAGAAAGGCAGGCUGGGAAGCCUAUGAGAAAAGAAUCUCUGGAGACUGUGUGAAACCUUAGAGAGAAAAGCUUGACCACGACAUAUUUUUCUUUCCCAGCAUUUAUAUAUGUGUGUAUAUAUGAUUGUAACAGUUUAUACAGGAAAUUUUAUAUAUAAUGUUAUACUUGCCAAUUUACCACAUGUGAACUUUAACCACUGCUAUGUUAUGGGUUGUAGUGCUAACAAAAGUUAUGCAUUCAUUGGUGUCCCUAGACGAAAUUUCUGGACUUUCCGCUGAAUACAUUUAUUUGCUUCCCGGAAAACACUGGAUGCAUAAUUCUUGUGGUCCUUCAUCAUUCUUAUGUUCUUAUUACUGUUACUCAUAUUUACUUGGAAAGUGAAAAUGUGAUUCUUGAUCUACUUUUGAAUUUGUAGAAAUAAAUGCUAUGUAAUACUAUAGUAUUACUAUGAAA